AUGUGUUGUAAAUUGCCUAAAAAAGUGGAGUUCCGAAUUCAUUGUGCCGUUGCGUGUUACGCGAAAUGCUGUUUUCUGAUCGACUUAAUGUAUUAUGGUGUCACGGUAGAUACACGUAUGGAAUGUGUUUCCCAAAACGUUUCCACUAGUAAAAUAUAUUUACCUCAUAAUCGCGCCGGGUCCAUAUCAGUUAUUUCAUACUAUUGAUCACAACAAAUUUAAAUCAUGUCACAACACCUAUAAUCUAAAACAUUGAAUUUCGCAGAGUCGUAAACUCCGCGUGUAGCUCGAUACACGGGGUAUAAGUACAGGAUAUUAUUAUAGUCGUUAUAAUAAUGUUAUCGUUGGCGUUUACACUUUAUAAUUAUCAAAUACGUAGAUUUUAACGCGUGUGCUGUUUUUAAUAUUAUAUUGUUGUUGCCAGGUGGAAAUACAUGUGGUAAACAUCCGCGGACCGUCUGUCGUGUCAUUGACUGCUCAUUCGUUUGCGGUCGUUCGCCGUCCGUCUGGUACCGUGACCCGCGGGAGCCAACUCCGUGCCACCAGUCGUCUAGCAGCGCACGUAGACACCGACCGUCACAUGCUGACGAUGUGAUAAGCAUCCGACUUCGGCGGUGGCUGUGCUCGUGGCGGCUUGCGAACACCAGCAGUGGUACAGGUGGUGCUAGCGGCACUGGUACCUUAAGAGACGGGGGCGGUGGCUGGGACGGUAGUAGUGGUGUCUGCCGUGUUUGCGUCGCGGUGAUCGGCAACGACUCCGUCGGGCCGACGUCGGCGUCGUCGUUGCUGCAGACGCGGCUGCAGCCGCCGCCGCCGACGCCGCUCGUCGGCCAGCCGAACGGCACCGUCGGUCCAAUCACCGUCGACGGCGUCAGCAUCGGCAGUGGUGCCGACGGUGGUGACGGCGGCGCUUUCGACGACGGCUACUGGUGGUGGGCCCUGUUGGCGGUUUUCCUCGUGUUGGCCACCGCAGCCGGCAACAUACUCGUCUGCCUAGCCAUCACGUGGGAGCGACGCCUCCAAAAUGUUACCAAUUACUUUCUCAUGUCGCUCGCAGUCACCGAUCUCAUGGUCGCCGUGCUCGUCAUGCCCGUUGGUAUACUCACACUCGUCAAAGGUACGUGUUCCGCUUUCAACGUAUCGUCUAAAAAUAUCACCAUUUUUUCGUACCAUCAUAUCGAUGUCACGUCGUGUUUAAAAGAAUUUUAA